ACGCGAGCUGGUCACUGGCGCGCUAAGCUUGCACGAGGACGAACCGCCCAGCCGUUUUUUUUUUUUUCUUUUAUCGCUUUUAGAUCUUGCACUGCAAACCAGCGAUCCUGAGCGGGUAGUAAGAGUAGAUGCAGGGAGGGAGGGAGUAAAAAAAGGCAAAAGUCUUUGUGUUUCCCUUCCCCCUCAUCAAAGCAAAGGGGAAAUGUCUCUUUCUAGAGGUGGGAGGAAGAAGCUCCCAGGGCCGAAGCUGCCCAAGGAUGUGUUUACUACUCCACCACCCGAAGCUGCAGCGCCUCCUCGAGACCUCGACUCUAAAGCCUGUGUCACUAUUGGAGAUCGGAACUUUGUAGUGGAAGCUGAUGACUUGGAGCAGAUUGAAGAGCUCGGGAGGGGAGCCUAUGGGGUGGUGGACAAAAUGAGACAUGUGCCCAGUGGUGUCAUCAUGGCCGUCAAGCGGAUUCGUGCUACAGUUAACACUCUGGAGCAGAAGAGGCUUCUGAUGGACCUGGACAUUUCCAUGAGGACAGUCGACUGUUUCUACACUGUGACCUUCUACGGUGCCCUUUUCAGAGAGGGUGAUGUUUGGAUCUGUAUGGAACUGAUGGACACGUCUCUGGAUAAAUUCUACAAGAAGGUUAUCGAAAAAGGCAGAACCAUUCCUGAGGACAUCCUGGGCAAGAUCACAGUAGCAAUUGUCAAGGCAUUAGACCAUUUGCACCACAAACUGUCGGUGAUACACAGAGAUGUUAAGCCAUCCAACGUCCUGAUCAACACUCAGGGCCAAGUGAAAAUGUGUGACUUUGGCAUCAGUGGCCACCUGGUGGACUCUGUGGCCAAAACGAUGGACGCUGGCUGUAAGCCCUACAUGGCGCCUGAGCGCAUCAACCCGGACCUCAACCAGAUUGGCUACAGUGUCAAAUCAGACAUAUGGAGUCUUGGCAUCACUAUGAUCGAGCUGGCCAUUUUGAAGUUCCCCUACGACACCUGGCGCACCCCGUUCCAGCAGCUCAAACAGGUGGUGGACGAACCGUCUCCACAGCUGCCUGCUGACGGUUUCUCCCCAGACUUUGUGGACUUCAUUUCCCAGUGCUUAAGAAAGAAGCCAAAUGAAAGACCAGCUUAUUCAGAGUUAAUGAAACAUCCAUUUUUUACCCUGCAUGACGCUAAAGAGACCGACGUGGCCGCUUUUGUCAAGGACAUCCUGGAUGAUUGAUGGAGCGCCCUCCAUGCUCCACCUCCUCAGUGUGGGUGGGAGCUUUCAGCAAACAAACCAAUGGCCCUAACGUUUUUAAAACUCACUGGAAUGACAAACUCUCACGCACCCACUCAACGGGGUGAUGACCCAAAGACUGACAGCGGCUCUGGACUUGGAAAGCGGUGGUAAUAUGAACUUGCACAGUCAACAGGAGAGGGUUGUUUUUUUUUUUUUUUUCACUUCUCUAAACUUCCUGUGCAAUCAUUUAUCCCAUAUGAAACGUAUGAACUGAACCAAAAUUUUGUCUUUUUGUUGCCCCCCUCCCCCCGAUCGUCGUCUUAUCUCCAAAGCAAACAGAGCCAGCCGUUAUUUGUCUGUGACACGUUGUUGAUUUGAAUUUCAUAUGCAAAACCAACAGUUACCGUGUAUGUUAUUGUUUGUAUGCUUUCUCAUGAUACAGAGUUUUGAUACCGUAUUUCUUCAAGUGUGAAUUUUAUGGGACUAGAGCCUUUUUUUUAUUGUCAAGACUGCAUGAGGUUUGACCUGUUUCUGCCUUGAUGUGAUUGGUCGAGGCCGGGGGCUGUUGUUGUCACAGGCCAGCCUGUUGGCAACUCAAGGACUGAGGAAAAACUACAUAUAUAUAUAAAAAAAAGAGUUAAAGGUCAAGUUGUGGGCUG